AUAUGUGGCGGCCGCGUGUCCCUCCGCAAUGCCGGGCGCCGAGAAGGAGCACGUGAUGGUGUGCGUGCAAAUCCAAAUAGACGGUCGCAAUGGCGUGAUGCUGGCUGAUCCCGGCUAUCAUGUGCCGAGGAUCAUCACUGUCAUGGCAGACGGGGCGUAUCCACACACCGGUUGGUUCACGCAGAUGGACGAGCCGCACUGUCGCAAGGAAUACAACUACACGUUCAACCAGGACAACCCCGGUUAUGUGGAGUGGCAGGAGCGGGAAACUCGCGGCGGCAUCGUGAAAUGCCAGACCUCCCUGGUGUUUGUCGGAAAACCGUACCAAGACGCCGUCAACGUAACCGAGAGAAGGAAUCUCGUUUACAACUUUAGAAGUCUCUUGUCGCGAGACCAGAAGGGUCACCUUCGGGCCGGGAUGUACUUCCCGAUCGGAGGACGAGGGGUGGAGGAACAGUUCACGUUGUUCUUCGAGGAAGGCCCAGAGAAGCGGAAAACCAAAUACAAAUUUAGCUCGUUCAUCAGCACUAAGGACAUCCCAGAAUCCGCUCUUGAAGAUAUCAAGCUUUGCAACGCACAAUUAAACUACAAGCCGGACGAGCUCCUCGAAAUUAUUUGUAAACUAGCCAAUGUAAUGGCGGACGAGUCGUUUAUAGAACAAAUGCUAAAGAUAAACGAUGAUAUCUGUCGAGCGGGAUUCGACGCGCAAAGGGAUUAAAACAACAUGGCCGUCAUAACAAAAUGGCCGCCGACCGAGCUCGGCGGGAAACCUUAGAAACGGCGGCGUAUUCGAUAAAAUUAUCAGUUCCAUUUUUUUUGUACUAAUUUCUAAAUUACAUGAUUCCUUAAGUAUUUUUAUACGUUCAAUUAUUUUUAUUACUUUGGUGAAAGGUGUAUUUUAUUGGUCUAAGUUAAAAUGUUAUCAAUUGGGUGGACCGGGUUAUAUUUUUUAAAUGUUUAAGCUAUGGGUUUCUUUAAUACACAAUUAUU